CUAAAUUACACUAAACAAUCAUAUAUUCGGCAUUGUGAAUGUGUAAAUUCAUUUCAAAAAUGCUUGGAAAAUUUAAACACUUCCGUAUCAAAUGAAUUUGCACUAAUUUACUCUAUAAAUACAACGAAAUGCUGAACUUAAAUCAUUAUUUAAUCGAUGUUUAAGAUAUGAUUUGGAUAAAAGUCAACCACAACAAUUACAAACAUUUGAUGUGCCCUUCAAUAGACAUGCAAUGUCUGCAUUCAAGAUGUUAAUAUUUUUAGUGCAUAUAUUGAAAAGUAGUGAAAGCGUUCCAGCGAACUUCGAUGACGCUGUGUUGGAAGAUGCAGAUAAACAGUUACGACAAACUAGCUCAGAACCUUCAAUGGGCUUGGAUGACGCCGCGUUGGAAGAUUCAUAUAAACAGUUACGUGCACUUGACCAAAAAACGCCGCAGCAUUUUUCAAAUGAAGUUCAACUUCAGGAGUUUAUAUUAACUACCGUAAAGAACGCGUUUUCCGUGAAUUGCACCAUAUAUAAAACUUUCGUCAACGAAAUGGAGAAACCGAUCGAUAACAGCAUGUCAGAGGAAAAAAAAGCGCAACUAAGAACAUGGAACACAUUAAAGGACAAACAGCCAUUUAAGAACAUAUGGAGUGUCGCAAAGAUGAUAAUAAAUGCAUCUUGCAACAACCAGCGGCUAUUAUUGAGUAUGAAACCAAAAACUGGAAAUGCAGCAUGCGCAAAAUAUAUCUUCAGCGGUGGUACAGUUAUCUUCAAUUAACCUUAGAUCAAUUUUCUAACCGAGA